AGUCACACUUGGAGUCGGAGGCGAAAUAGACGAAAGAAUUUUUUCUCUCCAAUUCCCAUCACUUUUUCACCCCUUUUUAAUCUCUUGAAAUGGCUUCCUGACUCACCCAACGAUGGAUUUAGUGUGUUCGUGACACAGCAUGUUCACUAGCUAUGAGCGGCUAGAAAAACGUUCGGGCAAGAAGGGCGUCGACCGUCCCGAAUACCUCAAGGAGCUUGUACACGAGUUCACCACUUCAGAGCAUCUUGCAUCCAGAGAACAAGUUCUCGCCAAUCUAGUGAACUUUGCCUACGACCCAAUCAAUUACCCUUGGCUAAGAAAGCUGAAGGUGAUUGACAUCUUCUUGGACCAGCUGACGGAAGGGACAGCCACUCUAAGGGACUUUGCGGCUGCGGGGUUGUGCAACUUGGCUCUCGAUCAGGAAAACAAGGCCUACAUUCUCCGCCAAGGAGGAGUUGAGUUGCUGUUGUCUUUCCUUGUCACACCAGAAUCUAAGAGAGAUAUCACCUCUGAUAAGGUAAUUGAGCAGAUACUUCAGAGGGCUGAGAGUGACAACCCCAGGAUCAGAAACUUAGCAAAGGUUUUUCUUGAGGAUUAUUGCACUCCAGAGCAAGGAGAGUGUAACAGUAAUUCCAUUUUUCAUGCUAAAUCAUCUGCAAGUUCGAUGCCUUUGCUUUUUGGUGUUCCACGUAGUUUAGUGCAUUGUUCAGUGGGAAAUGUAAUCAAGGGAUUCAGAAGAUGCUUGGCACUGAAAGUGGGUGAUAAUGCAACACUAACGAAGAGGAUAACAAAGGAGGACGUGACACAGUUUGGAAACCUCACGGGUGACACCAACCCCAUCCAUGUAGAUGACCUCUAUGUGAGAGAAAACACCAAGUUUGAGCGCUGUGUGGUUCAUGGUGCCUUCCUCAACAGCCUGGUCUCUUCAGUCAUAGGCACACAACUACCAGGCCCAGGAACAGUUGUUGUUAAGCAAGAGCUGAACUUUCCAUCCCCUUGUUACGUGGGGGAGGAGGUUGAGGUGUCUGUGAAGGUGAAGGACGUCAGGAAAAUCAUCACUGUCGAGUUUUUGUGCCGUUCCAACUCUGGCAACGUUGUUUUGUGGGGUAUAGCAAAGCUUGUACAUCAGCCAGUGUCGAAAAAGUGAAGUGCUUAUUGAAAGGAUCAUCAUGAUGUGAG